AUCAGGCCAAGACAACUGGAUAUAGAAGAAUGCGACAUGCAAAACACCAAUAGGUAUACCUUUCAGCUUCGACCGACCAUCCCUAUCCGCAAUGCCUUCAACGAAGAUAAGAUACAGCUUACAUUUGGUGAAUCCGGAGAUGGAGAAUAUCUUUCAUCAAACUGUAAGAUUGAUUUGAAACAAGACGAUGUUAACAAGUGGACUAAUGUUUCUGUGCAAGUUAAGUGUGACAACAUCGAUAAACCAGCCAAGAAAGCUGCCUUUACAUUUUCAGUCACAGACCUCCACGAAUUCUGGAAUCCUUACGUCCUUCCUAGUGUUGUGUUGACGAAGAUUGAGACUCCUGUAAACCUCUGUCAAGCCACUGGCGACCCACACUACACUACAUUUGAUGGAAAGUACUACGACUUCUACAGGCCUGGUGAUUAUGUCUUAUACCGCAAUUUAGAAAGAUUCUUUGAGAUACAUACCCGCCUAUGGACCUGCUGGAGCGUGACUUGUAACUGCGGUGUUGCCAUCAGAGAACACAAUGACGUUAUUAUCUUAUACACAUGCACUCAAGAUUUAGUUCAGCGGAAUGGAAUGCCGAUGAAGAUACGAAUUCCGAGUCAAAGGAAACUGCGAAAAGGAACACAUAUACUUGGCCGCCAUCCAGGGGGCUAUAGUGAGUACGAGGUGAGACUUCCAUCCGGAACAAUAGUGAGAGUACAGCAUAACUACUGGGGAAAUAAUGUUUAUCUGCAAGCGCCCCAGGCUGAUCGUGGUAAAACAAAAGGCAUGUGUGGAAAUUUUAACAAAAAUCCCGAUGACGACUUUCUCGGCGGUGAUAAAACAAUGCACAAUGAUGCAGACUCCUUUGGACAAAGUUGGAGAGUGAAUAGAUCAGAAAGUCUUUUUCAUAAAGUACCAAAUUGCAAUGAUCCAACGUGCGAUGGCUCUGUCUUCGAUAUGGACUUUUGUACGUGCAAACUUAACAAAGACACUAACGUAAUGCAGAUUGAUUGCGAACAAGAUGUUGCGCAACCUCAAACCGUGAAUGAAAAUCCAGCUCUAGUGCCAGUUCCCCAAGGGAAAAUAAACCAAAACGGAAAGAGAGGGAACACCUAUACGGACGAUGUUAUUUACUUUUACGACGAUAUUGAGCCUGACCUUCAAUCUCUGCCACCUCGUAAAAAACGUAACGUAAACGUUAAGUUGUCUUUGGAAAAUGCAACUGAGUAUUGUACAAAGUCUCUUUUAAGCACAAAAGCUGCCCAGGUUUGCUUGGAACUUUCAAAUGUCAACGUUAGCAAUGCAAUCGCACAAUGUGCCGCAGACCUGCAGAUCACAGGUGACGUUUUCUGGGUGGAGAGUGCCUUUGAAUCUUUGAAGUCAUCUUGUCAAUUCCAAGCUGUCAAAAAUUACAGUGCCUACGAAAAAGAUGAAAGUGGAAAUCUUGUGCCUCCAGCGAAGGUAACUCAGCUGCUGUGUCCAAACGACUGCAGCUUCCAAGGAAACUGCACAAACGGUACUUGUGUUUGUGACGAAGGAUAUGUCUCUGCCGACUGCUCUAUGAGAUUCGAUGAAAUUCCGCAAUUGUUCAGGUUAUUGGAUGAGGGCCUUUGCAAUAUCCGUGUUAGGCCAUGCUUGAGAACCAUUGUUUUUGGACAAUACUUUUUAAGCUCAGAAAAUUUGACAUGCCACGUCAAAGAGUUCAAGGUCAUAUCAAGUAACUGGAUUCCGUCAAACGGGACACAAACGUUUAAUGGUAGCAAAACGGACUUGUUUGCGAUGGAGUGUCAUCUUCCCAGCUCUCCUGUCAAUUUGGGCGGCUAUCCUCUUGAAGGAACACCAGCGGCAGGUUACAUCGUGUCUGUCUCUAAUGAUGGCGAGCAUCCAAGUCGUGAGCUUAAAAUGAUAACCUUUGACUCAGUGUGCCAAGCAUGUAACAUUUCACGUGGAUGUUCUCUUAAGCAAGAUGCAUGUCUGAUCAGAGGUCACUGCUUUGCCAAAGAUGAUCCAGACCCAACAGAUUGGUGUCAGCAAUGUAUCCCGUCGACUGAUCAACACGUUUGGACCAGACGGAAAGUAAAUCUGCCUCCCAACAUCACAACACCAUCCGUGAGAUACGCCCUUCUCGGUGAGGACCUUCAACUACAGUUAGAGGGCGAGGAUCCUGAAAGUAGACCGUUUGUAAUAUCUAUGAUUGACGGAAAUCCAUCACAAGGAAAGCUGUCUGCAAGCCAUAUUCUUCACUGGAAACCUGAGACACAAAAUUCUACAAACUUUUUCUUUCGAGCAACCGAUGAGUGCAACGCUUCAUCCACAUUUAACAUGAGUAUUAACAUUGUAAUCUGUCCCUGUACUGAAAAAGGAAUAUGUGAACCCGACCCCAGUCACCCACGAGGAUCAGGAUUGUAUGUUUGUAAGUGUCAGCCUGGCUACGAUGGACAGAGAUGCGAGAAGGAGAUAGACGAGUGUUUACUGUCUCCAUGUGUUCAUGGCACGUGCAAAGACGAAAUAAACAAUUACACGUGUACCUGUGACCCUGGUUACACUGGUUAUAACUGCAGUGUAGAUAUUGACGAGUGCCAGUCUGCUCCGUGUAUCCACGGAAACUGUUCGGACCUUGUCAAUGGUUUUAACUGCUCUUGUCAAUCUGGUUUCAAUGGCACUCGAUGUGAACACAACAUCGACGACUGUCCUUCCUCUGGUUGCGGAAACGGUACUUGCGUCGACCUCGUAAACAAUUACACUUGCCAAUGUAAUGUUGGAUUUAGAGGCCAACAUUGUGACAGCGUCAUCCGAAAUUGCUCGAGUGACGCAUGCUUUCCCGGAGUUCGCUGUAUUCAGAAAACGAAUACCAUCACGUGUGACCCUUGUCCCACCGGAUACUUUGGUGACGGAAAGAAUUGCAAAGACGUCGAUGACUGCAUCAAUGUAACAUGCAAAAAUGGCGGUUCGUGUAUCGAUGGAAUAAAUAAUUACACGUGCUCGUGCCAGUCGGGGUAUACUGGAGACUGGUGUGAGACAGAUAUUGACGAUUGUGUGUCUGCUCGAUGUGACAACGAUGCAACGUGUGUGGAUGGUGUCAAUCAAUUCAGUUGCGUAUGUCAAAAAGGCUUUAGUGGGAGAUUGUGCGACAUAGACAUAGAUGAAUGUGCCACGCUGCCCUGUAAAAAUGGCAGCUGCCAAGAUGGUCCCAACUCUUUCACGUGCACAUGUCAAAGUGGUUUUACUGGAACCUACUGCGAAACAGACGUGCAUGAUUGUGUCUCAGCUCGAUGUGCUAACGGAGCAAAAUGUGUAGAUGGUGUCAACCAGUAGAACUGUGUUUGUCAAACAGGAUUCACUGGGAAAUUAUGUGAAUAUGAGGUGACACCUACUCUCACUACUGGAGGAAAGACGGAAAUAACUUCAACCUUAGUGGAACAUAAAACAACUGAGUCUCCAACUGAGCCUGGGACAGAUAAACUAAAAUCGGAUUUCAAACUUCAAAUAAGAAUCAAGAGGGAAUGGGACAGCAGCCUAGUAGACUCGACUAGUGAAAAAUUUAAAGAGCUUUCCAGCUUACUGAAAAAAGAGAUUUAUAAGGCAUAUUUUGGAUUUCCUGACUUAAAAGAAGUGAAAAUAAUUGGAAUGAGACCUGGAAGCAUAAUAGCAGACUUUCAGCUCAUUUUCAAGAGAGCUUUGAGUGCGCAAGAGGCCUUAGGUCCAAUGGAAAACGAAAUAAAGGA